AGUGAGAACACUGUCAACGCCUCUAACAAAAAGGAGUUGAAGAAAAGGACUUCUGUCAUGAUGGACUCAUCUGACUCCGAUGAUGAUGAUACCACGUCUGACACCGAUGAGGAUUUAGUGGAGGUCAAAGCAAAGAUGCCGAAAAAGAAAAUCGGAAAGCAUCGUUUGGACAAAAAUCCAAAAGCAUCGUUUGGACGAAGAGCUUCAAAUCCAGAUGAUGUACUACACCGAUACACCAAGAUACUUGCAGAGUUCAGAAAACACAGAAGUGUUGGGCUCGCCUGCCGAAAAUUUGGCAUCGACAGGAACACCAUUGCUCUCACCGGCAUCAUUGCGGAAAUGAAAAUUGCAGGUCCAGAGAAAAUGCCACCCUUUGACGAUGGAGACACUCUUGCAGGCUAUUCGAAAAAGUGCAAAGCUGUACUCCAGGAAGAUGAGGAGCUAAUGAAAAAAAUAGACUCAAUGAAGAAGACGGCUGACCUGCUGCCCAUUGCACACAAGUUCAAUAAAUAAGUUGGUUAAGUUUAGGCUUUUGGUUUUAAGAGGUCAGUUCAUUUAGUUGUCCUUUGUGGCACUAUUUACAGUAGCUUUUUUUUGUUCAAUAUUGCAUUGUUGCACAUUUUUCAUUAUUACUUGUUUACUUAUUACUCAUCUUGUGUUAAUAAAUUGAACGUUUUGAUGUAAUUGCUUCGUAAGAAGGCUUUGUAUAACAGCAAUUUGUUUAUUCACUUGCAAAAUAGUCAUGUUUAACCUGGCAACAUUGUAGGAAAUACAUGGAACAAUAUGUAAAACUGAACAGUCUUGGUUUAGUUACAUAGUAAGAA